AGAAAAGUGACAUAAUAAGAAAAGCAGUGUUGAUGCCCUCCAGUUGACUGGGAAUGAGUAGGGCUUCUCCAUCCCAUAGGGCGCUCUCUGAGAACAGGGAAAGGUGUCUCCCUUCUCAGUCUGGGGCUCUCCCAGGGCCAGCCAGGUGUUUCUUUAAGCGGACAGCUAAUCCCCCAGGGCCUGGACUCGUCCCGUCCAUCAUCAGCUAGAGAUGAUUCCCGAUGGUGCAGUUCCCUCCAGCAGGUGAGGUUCUGCCUGCCCCUUCCGACUGGGAGUUAUCCCAGCGACUGUGUACGGGGUCGGGGGGAGGGGCAAAUGGGCCCUUAGUUUGAGAUUCUCGUCUCUCUUCCGCAGCUCCCAGGCUCAGGAGUCCCACAAGUGCCCAACACCUUAGCACACCCCUUCUCACCUUCUGCUUCUCCAAGUUGUGCUCCGUCAGAAAGCCAGCGCCCUCCCUCCGGCCGGGCUCAGGCGGCUUUCCGCCCUCUUCCAAGAUGGCCGCCGCGGUUUCUGUGACAGGCCCGGUCACGUGGGCGCCGCCGCCUAUGAGGUCGCGGGAGCUCGAGCGGCGAUUGUCCCUUCCCGGGCCCCGUCCCGAGGCGGCGACUGCCCUUGUCAACCCAAGCCUGAGCGAUCAUGGCAACGGGCUCGGGCGGGGAGCGCGUGGCAGCGGCGGCAGCGGCGGCAGUUUGGUCGCGGGCCGGGGCGGCGGAGCGGCGGCGGCGGCGGCGGCGGUGGCACUGGCGCUGGCACCGGCCCUGAGCGCCAUGCAGCGGGGCAGCUCCGAGAGGGAGCUGGCGGCCCGGUGGGAGGCGGAGGCGGUGGCCGUGACCAAAGCGCAGGCGGCGGCGGAGCAGGUCCGCGUGGACUCUGGCGCGGCCGGGGAGCCGGAACGCAAGACGCCAGAGGAGCAGCCCAAGGACCCGGCCCCGGCGCAGCCCCGCGCGGCCGAGGAGGGGGACGCCCGCGUCGUCCCGCGGCCGCCGCCCACGCUGCCCCCGGCCAAGCCGCAGGCGGCGCGGGCGCGGGGCCUCUGCCCGCACGGGAAGCCCCGGAGCAAGGGCCGGGGCGGCCGACGGAGCUCAGGCCGCGCGGCGGACGAGUACCACUCCCAGCGGCCCGUCACUGUGGACAGCUCCAAGGCCAGGACCUCCCUGGACGCCUUGAAGAUCAGCAUCCGCCAGCUCAAGUGGAAGGAGUUCCCAUUUGGCCGACGCUUGCCUUGUGACAUCUACUGGCAUGGAGUUUCAUUUCAUGACAAUGACAUAUUCUCCGGCCAAGUGAACAAGUUUCCAGGCAUGACGGAGAUGGUGCGUAAAAUUACUCUGAGCAGAGCCGUGAGAAUCAUGCAGAAUCUCUUUCCUGAGGAGUACAACUUCUACCCUCGCUCAUGGAUUCUGCCUGACGAGUUCCAGCUCUUUGUGGCUCAGGUUCGAAUGGUGAAAGACGGUGACCCAUCCUGGAAGCCCACUUUUAUUGUGAAACCUGAUGGUGGUUGUCAGGGUGAUGGAAUCUACCUCAUUAAAGACCCCAGUGACAUCCGCCUGGCAGGGACCCUUCAGAGCAGGCCAGCGGUGGUCCAGGAGUACAUCUGCAAACCUCUUCUUAUCGACAAACUCAAGUUUGAUAUUCGUCUGUAUGUCUUACUCAAGUCCUUAGACCCCUUAGAGAUUUAUAUAGCCAAAGACGGACUCUCUAGAUUUUGCACGGAGCCAUAUCAGGAGCCCAACCCCAAAAAUCUGCACCACAUCUUUAUGCACUUAACCAACUACUCGCUGAACAUCCAUAGUGGUAACUUUGUCCAUUCGGACAGUACUAGCACGGGCAGCAAACGGACUUUUUCUAGCAUUCUUUGUAGGUUGUCUUCCAAAGGUGUUGACAUCAAGAAGGUCUGGUCUGAUAUCAUCUCCUUGGUGAUUAAGACUGUCAUUGCCCUGACUCCAGAGCUCAAGGUUUUCUACCAGUCGGACAUCCCUGCAGGGAGGCCGGGGCCCACAUGCUUCCAGAUUUUAGGCUUUGACAUCCUUCUGAUGAAAAAUCUGAAGCCUAUUCUCCUGGAAGUAAAUGCAAAUCCCAGCAUGAGGAUCGAACAUGAGCAAGAACUUUCUCCGGGGGUCUUUGAAAAUGUCCCCAGCCUUGUCGAUGAAGAAGUGAAGGUGGCCGUGAUCAGAGACACACUACGCCUGAUGGACCCACUUAAGAAGAAAAGAGAGAACCACUUUCCAGAUAUCUAUACGGACAGAAAACACAGAUUCCCUCCGGUUUCUGACAGAAUGCCUUCAUCACAGCUUCCCGUAGUCAGGUCUCAGCAGCUUACGAAGCCAUUAGCUGCAAAGGAGGAUCCUUCCGACAGUGAGCCGGCCAGCGCCUCCGACGGCAACGCGGAUCCCGAAGCCCACCUGCCCUCCAUCUGCCUUAAGCAGGUGUUCCCCAAGUAUGCCAAGCAAUUCAACUACCUGCGCCUGGUGGACAGGAUGGCAAAUUUGUUUAUCCGGUUCCUGGGGAUCAAGGGGACGAUGAAGUUGGGACCAACAGGCUUUCGGACUUUUAUAAGGAACUGCAAACUCAGCAGCAGCAGCUUGUCCAUGGCGGCCGUGGACAUCCUCUACAUUGACAUCACCAGGAGGUGGAACUCUAUGACCCUGGACCAGCGGGACUCAGACGCAGAAACGGAGACCCGCCGAGGGGAAACCCCUUGCUGAGGACGAGGCCGCGAGGCCACAGCAGAGCUGGACCCCGACCAGUGCAUCUGACCCCCCGUCACUGUCCCAUGAGCCCAAUGCCGCCUCAUGGGAGAUGCUCCGGUCCUUUGAGACCCCAGCCCUGGCCCGGAGCGACUGCACUAAUGUCUGGAGGGAUUGUGCCUCAGCAAACAGGAGCCAGGCUGCAAGGCCCCCUAAGGAUGUGGGGAACGCUUCCGGUGAUUAACCACCUUGGAGUUGGUGAAGGCUUCACAGACAACCCUUGCAGGGAACAUUCCCCCGCGCAGAUAGGAAUCAUUCAGCUAAUUCCAGUCAAGAUCGUUCAGCUUUAUUUCCCACCAACAUGUCCAGCCAGAAAGCGUGUAUACUUACACGUUUGGAAUUUCACUAGGAGACGGAAACAUCUAUUCUAGGUGGGUAAUAAGAAAGAUUUAAAUCAUGGGGAGACGGAAGGAGCUGGCAUGUAGCCGGCCGAGCCCAGCACACCAGCACCUUGGAAUAGAAUUAUAGCAAGGAAGCUCAGGUAUUUUCGAGAGGAAAAAAAAUGUCUCCUAUUCAGUCUGGGAUAAUAUGCCUGGCUGUCAACAAUGAUUUGGAUUUAAUUAUAUCAUCUAUGCAAAUGUGUUCUGUAAACUGUAAAAUAAUACAUAAAUGUCAGAUGUUAAGAAGAUCGUCAUGCAGGAGAAACAACGAGGUUUGGGCAUCAGGUAGGCAUGGGUACAAUGCUGUCUGGUCCCCCUCGCAGGCCACCUGGCCUCUCUGGGUCUGCACUCCUCAGCGACAGCGUCUCCUUCUGAAGAUCACCCUGAGAACCAGAGGAGAAAACGGAUAUGCCUCGUAAGCUGGCGAGGCAUUCUUGCUGUUUCCGUCCUGGAGCCCCAGGGUAGAUGAUGGGGUCAUUGGAGGGCAGCCCCCAGCGCGUUCAUUAUGUCCUGUGCGCGAGGACCCCUCCCCAGGGUUGGGGGUGACUUUUGAGGCCAGAAGGAGCCCAUGGGCCCACCCUCGCCCACUGACCGACAGAAUGAGGCCAUGGUCUGUCAGGGGCCGCACCCCAGUAAGCAGGUGGCAGUCUCGGGUGGGAGACGUGUGUAUGGCCACAUCCAGAAUGUUGCAAAGGCUGCUAUCUCCAGUGACAGCCGUCAACCCAAAAUAAAGUUGGGGAAAACGCUCCACGGCUUAUCUUCAGGCAUGGGAGGCAGGUGGGGGAUGCCUGUUUGCAGAGACUGGCAGAUCCACACCUCCUUGCCGACAGCCAGCAGAGAUGGAUGGGGCCCGUCCCUCCCCCGGGGCCAGGCGGGCAUUGUUCCUUCAUUUCCUCCUUCUAAACGACCCGACGUAACGCUCCGACUUGGCCAUCUCUUUGAAGGCCCUCGAAGCAGCCACAGAGUAAAGAAGUUUCGAGAAUGGUUCUUGUGAUCUGCCCCCUUCCAGCUGUGCGACUUUGGCAAGUCUCUGUGUAAAAUGGGACUGAUAUUGACACCUGCUUUGAAGGGCUUCUGUGGGAUUUAAGUUAAUGCACACGAAGCCUUUAGAUCAGGGCCUGGCACAUAACGAGGGCUCCAUAAUUAUUAACUAUUAUGGUUUAUUUUCAUUACGUUUACGGUGACAGGUCGCUAAAGCAAUGUUACCAAAGAGAUGCCUCCAACUCCAAGUUUGAGCUGUGAGGGUUUUUCAGGCAGCUGGUGGAGGAGCCGGAAAGGGCGGGGGAGGAUUUCUUCUAUUUCUCCUCAACGGCUCAGGUGAUCUCAAAGACUUGGGAAGCGGUAGGAGACUGUGUCCGGCUGCUGGAUGAGCCAUAAACAGAACCGAGAAGUUGGGAUGCUAUGGAAUUGUUAAAACCCCAACCCCCAAUGUGACUGUAUUAGGAGAUGGGGUCUCUAAGGAAGUAGCAGUUAAAAUGAGGUCAUAAGGCUGGGGCCCCGAUCCGGAGAGACUGGUGUCCUUAUAAGAAGAGACCCCAGAGAGCUGGUUCAGUGUCUGUGCCACAUGAGGACACAGCGAGAAGGCAGCCAUAUGCAAGCCAGGAAGAGAGCCCUCACCAGAACUGAAACCUGCUGGCAGCCUGAUCUUGGACUUUCUACCUCCAGAACGGUGAGAAAGUAAAGUUCUGUUGUUUAAGCCCCCACCCUUCCCCCCAGGCCAUGGUGUUUUUGUCCUGGCAGCCGCAGCGGACAAAGACGGUGAGGGGAGGAGGGGUGGGCAGUGGGGUUCCGGAGGAGGACGUUUGUUCUGGGCAUCCCCCAUGGUUCAUGAUUGCCCACAGCAGGGCCAGCCCAGCACUAGGCUUCUUAACCUCUUUACUUCCCUGCCUCCUCGAGAGCCUUUAAGGAGAUGGCCAAGACGGAGCGUUGGUUCCAAAGUUUCCCGAUCACCCGUGGGUGCAGAGUCCCCAGCCCUGCGGGUACAAGUACAACUCCAGGGGCCUCAUGGCCAACACACAGAAUCUCCGGGAGACGGGAACAGAAGCCUGCAUUUCUGGCAAGGUCCCCAGGUUAUUUUAUGCAUAAGACGUUUAAAAACCAUGGUCCUUGAGGGGAAGGCCAGUCCUCCACUGGUGUUAGAGGUCCUCCUUCAUGAGGGCUCUUGACUUGCCCUUAACACCCACGUCCAACCCAGCAGCAGCUCUCGGACCUGUUGCACUGCCCUCAGACUCUGUCUGGAAUCUUAUCACCCUCACUGCCUCUGUCACUACUGCUCUGGUCCAAGCCACCCACAGCCUUUGCUUGGACUGGGGCAGUAGCCCCUCGGGACCUCCUUGCUGUCCUUUCUUUCACAUGUGCCCCGUCUCCCUGGUCUCAACACAGCAGCCGCACCGAUCACGUCACUUCCCAUCUCCCCGGUGGCCUCCCGUCUUCCUCGGCAUAGAACCCAAAGUCUGAUCAUGGUCCACAGGGCCCUCUGUGGCAUGGCCUGUGAACCUUUCCAGCCUCAUCUUCCUCAGCACAGCUAGAGAAGGGCAGGGCCUUGGCGAGGGCCACGGAGCUCUGCCCCACUUAGCGGUCAAGGGAUGGUGCCGGGAGAGACGGGGGAUGUGCGGUUUCUCGGAAACCAAGGAAACCGAGAGAGGACUAAAUGCAAAGCUGGAACGAUGUCGUGGCUUUUUGGCUUCCAUCAUUUGAGAUUUUAAAAAUAACUCCCUCAGAACGUCUUAAAAGGCAGACCUUCUUAGCCCAAAAUCCAGCUUCUCAAAGCUCGGGGGCAGGUCCUUUUGCAAAUAGGCCGCGUUUUGCAGAUGAGUGUUCAGGGUGGAGUGUGGACAGACUGGACUCAGCAGUGAGGAGGAGGAUGGGGAGGAAGGGAUGGGUUCUCAAAGUGGGGUCCCUGGACCAGCAGCCUCAGAGGCACCUGAGCACGCGGUAGGAGUGCAACUUCUCGGAGCUCCAGGGGAGGGACCCGAAGUCUGUGUUUGCACGAGCCCUUCAGGGGACCCUAGACUUCUAGAGCCUCCGGUCUGGACCAUCUUGGUCUCAUGAGUCUGCACGGCGUCUAAGAGAAGGGUUCUCAGAGGGUCGUCUUUCCCUGUGUCCCUUGGCUUACCUUGCUGGCCUCAGCUGUAAAGUGGCAACAAUAACACCUGCGUCACAAGAUCGCUGAGAAGGUCGCAGCCCAUUCAAGGGGAUUAAAUGGCUCUUUAUUGGUGCCU